AUGCAAGGCUGCGCAGUAUACGACGCUAUUAUUUGGUGGUCAAUCGCAGGUGGUAUGGCUGAUAUUGCCGACUUCAGCAAUCACCAGGGAACGAAAGGCGAAGUGUUCAUCGACCGCGAUCCCACCCUAUUCAAAUACAUCCUUAACUACUUACGAGAUGGUCGAGUGAUGUUCGCCGAUGAUCCCCUCACCGCAGCGCUACUAUUUCAGGAGGCAAAGGUACACUUGAAGGUACUUUUCUACCAGAAAAAAUGA